AGGUGUGGCAAUUCAUAUAGGAGCCACAGGUGUGUGCGCGAAGACGGUAUCUGAUGCUCAGGGAGAAGCAAGUGGUGGCCAUUCCUCACUUCUCCUGCGUCGCUGCCGCCGCCCACUUCACAUACAAUCUUUGCUGUGUAAAAGCCCAGGAUACCAAUUUCCUAUACGAAAUCCAGCUGCAGCUGUCCUGCCUCCACUGUUGAGUCAAUGUUGCGUUCAGUCCGCGUUGGAGCGAGGCUGCCAUGGCCGUGGUCGGCCGUUGUUUCCAGGUUCCUGCCUGUGUUAUUGAUACUCGUCGUCAUCUUGUGCAGUGGACACCUGGUCCUCUUCCACUUGUUCUCCAUUACCACUGUCUGCAAUAUACGUGAAGCAAGCCCCGAGAUGAAGGUGUAUGGCGCAGAGGAGAGGCCGCAGAACCUGAAGGUGGUCACUCCCACCCUCCGGGCGCACCACGCCUCUCGUGGGGAAUUCCCUUACAAGUACCUAAUAAAUGAGCCUCAUCUGUGCCAUGACCGGAUCUCCAUCAUCAAUAUGAUCCCUAUAGCUUCGUACAGCCUUGCAUCACGCCGUAGAAUUAGAAACACGUGGGGCAAUAGGGCAGCAGCAGAAAGCACUGGUAUGAUGACUGUCUUCGUCUUGGGCGUCACCAACAACAUUCAAUACCAACAACUCAUUGAAGAGGAAAGCCAAACCUAUCACGAUAUCAUUCAAGUGAACUUUAUUGACUCGUACCGCAACCUGACGCUGAAGACGUUAACAAUUUUACACUGGACUAAGACUUACUGCCCGGGGGCCUCCUGGCUCCUAAAGAGUGACGAGGAUAUAUUUGUCAAUCCCUUUGCGCUUAGGAAUAUUGUAGCUAACCACACGCAGGCAGGUUUUGUUUGCUUUUUGAAUCGUUUCCUGUGGGUGUGUCGUAAGGGCAAAAAUUGCCCGCAAAAGUGGGCCGUAUCAUCGCAAGAGUACCAACACAGCAUCUACCCUCCCUAUUGUCUGGGUCCUGCCUAUGCUAUCUCUUCCAAUAUGGUCAGAAAAGUUUUCACUGAUGCCAAUAAAACACACCCAUUCGUAAUGGAAGACGUGUACUUUACCGGGAUCCUUGCUUUGCAUCAUAUGGCCGAAUAUGUAGACUUGAAAGGUAGAUUUUAUUUUCAUGCCUCUGAUGUAAGUGAAAUUUUGUGGAAUGGUACAACUGUAUUCAGUAUGAUUAGCCCAAAAGCCAGGAACGCAUCACACUACAUUCUGUGGGAUAAAAUUGUGAAUUAUAAUCAAGCUAUUCCUUUACUUUAGGUUUCCAUCAGUCUGUUGCCGUAACCAUAUAGCAACAUAAGAGGUGUCAUACGGCAGAAAUUACCUUCAUCGACCACAACAGGAGACCAAAGAUUCAGUAUUUCUAUAUAAAAUAAUGCAAAUUCCUUGACUUUAGCUAAUUAGUUAAAGACAAGACAAGAACAGACAAGAACAAAAACUUUGAUAUAACGGAUAGAUAAUUAGAGUAUUAAUGUAGCCUGCUAGUCAAGACUAGUCUCUAAAUUGUUUACUGUAGAGAGGAGGGGCACCUUUAUGCUUGAAAAAAUAUAUAUUUUCGUGUUUUUAGAGAUGGGUCAUCCACUAGUGGUGGUACAUAUUUCAUGUAUUAGCGAAAGUAUUAUAGACUUUUUUUUAUUGGGGCGGUCUUUAAAGGCGUGAUUAUCGACAACACCACAACACACAUUAAGGGAAAACGUGUUCUGGCAAUUUCUUUAUUUUUUUCUUUAGAAGGCUGCUUAUUGUAUGCAUAAUAAAUUCCUGAACAAAUGAAUAUGGCCACUUUGUAUACAAUAUAUGUCCUUAGAUAAGAAGGUUCUUGUAGCCAUCUGAAGAACCCCAAUCUUCUACGUGCUCUCUAGGCUUUCAUAUGAGGAAUUUUAUGUCGACACGAAAUAAGCAUGCUGACGCUCGGGCUCUCUUUAAUAGUCGUAAUAAUUCAGCAGUCUCAGUCAUAUAACGCUGCUUUCCUCUAUGCUAAAUGUAUGAAAGUCAAGAACAAAAAUUAUGGACC